AUGGAAGGAAUCGACGUGGAACUCUUGGACGAGUUCCCUCACGACGUGCAGAUGGACGACGCGGCUGCCCGCCUGACGCGCUGGGGACCCAGCCGUCGCGAGCUGGGCGCCACUGACUCUGCACAGUCGGUGACGGGUGAAGCGACGGUUCCUGCUCCGGCAGUGCGAAGACCACUGACACCUGUCGUGCCUGGCACUCGUGCCACGCGGUGGGGGCCAUGUCACCGCGCGAUCGGAGUGGCAGCCGUUGCUCACCUUAUCACCGGAGAAGAUACUACGCCUGCUCCGCCGUGCCCCCGUCGUGUUCAGCCGAUGGGAGAUCAAGUCAUCGCCUCUGCGCCUACCCUACCGAGCCCAGCACCACCCACGUCAACAAUUACCUCGGCCACUCUGCCUGCAGUGGAGGUGGAACACCCAGAGCCUCCUGCAGUGGAGCCCUGGACGCUGCGCUUCGAUGGUGCCUGCCGCCGGAACCCCGGGCCUGGUGGCGCCGGCGCGGCGUUGUUCGAUCCAAGUGGUGCUGUGGUGUGGACGUGCUCCCACUUUCUCCCCUGCAGGAACGAAACCAACAACACUGCUGAGUACACGGCAUUGUUGGUGGGGGUUCGUGGGGCACUGCACCACGGUGUUACGCGGCUGGUGAUCGAGGGAGAUAGCCACCUGGUACUUUCCCAGGUGCGCGGUAGCUUUGGAUGCGUGAAUCGGAAGCUCCGACGGCUACGCAACCGCGUACGCUCGGAGCUGAGGACGCUGAAUUGGUAUCGACUGAAGCACAUCGACCGCAACGCCAAUAGUCAUGCUGACCGCCUCGCUAACCGCGCCCUCGACCGCAAGCGCACCAGCACAGAGUGUGGACAACAUGCUGCACCUACAAAUGCAUGCUACGUCCCCAGCGCGCAUACGGCGCCCGCCUCGCCUCCCACCCCUCCACACACGGUCUCGGCUGAUACAACGAUGUCGGCCAAUGAGGAUAUCGUGGAUGAGGCGAUGGCUGAUAUCGAGGCUGAGAUUGCAGCGCGCGACGGCGGCGAGGCCUUCCCGACGUUGCCUAUCGGGCCAGGCUCCGCUCCUGCGAGGCAACCUCGGCUUCGACUGCGCCAGCUGGCCGACGAUGAACACGACGCAGCGGCAGCUGCUCUGCAGACGUUUGCAGAGAGCAUGGCCAGCAGGAUUGCCGACGCUGACAGCUGGGCAACUGGGGAAGGCUAUAUCGGUGCCAUCCCGGACCGGAUCCGAGAGUUGCUCCUGCCCUACGCUGCUGUUCCGGCUGCUUCCGCUGGCCCUCGACCUCCUUCCCCAGACCGCCGGCGCCGUCGACCGCCCCGUGUGACGCGCAACCAACGCGAGCACCGCCUGGACGAGGCACUGGACAACCUAGCGGCCAUUCAGCGUUCAACACCAGGGGAUCGGCGGGCAAUGCGGAAGGCGCGACGACGUGCUGGACGGGUUCGUGCUGCGGUGGUCAAGCAGCAGCUACGUCAAGCGUUCGCUCAGGAUGAGGCCAAGUGCGUGGAGAAGAUCCUGCAGAGUGCGUCAGCGGAGUCAGCGGUGGAGGAGCACCCCGACUCGUGCCCAAUCGGGCGCGAGGAACUCCACCGUUACUUCACCGGCACCAGCACGGCUCCUGCGACGUUCGACUACACGUCGGCGUCUGGCCAAGAGUUCCGUGCAGCGCUGGACAGCUUCCAGCCUGCCGAUGUGGCCCCUGAUGCGUUCACAGGUGAGCUGCAGUUUGAUGAGGUGGAAGAUCAGCUUUCGCGAGCGACCAAGACAUCAAGCCCGGGACACGACGGCAUCGGCUACGAUGUCUACCGCCGCUUCGCUGAGCAGCUGGUCCCGCUCCUCCACGCCGCGUUCCAGUUUUGUUGGUUGCAUCGGCGUGUGCCCGCUCUCUGGAAAGUUGGAUUUGUGCGCCUCAUCCACAAGAAGGGCGACCCAAUGCAGUCGACAAACUGGCGGCCGAUAUGUCUGCUGCCCACUAUCUACAAGCUGUAUAGUGGGUUGCUGGCACUUCGGCUCUCACGCUGGCUCGAGAGUAACGCGCGUUUGCCCAUGGCACAGAAGGGGUUCCGGCGGUUCAACGGUUGUCACGAACACAAUUUCGUGGCAACUACUCUGCUGGACCAGACCCGGAGGCAACACCGUCGUCUCUACCAGGUCUGGUAUGACCUGCGCAAUGCCUUCGGGUCACUGCCCCAAGAGCUCAUGUGGCACGUGCUUCGCCACCUCGGCGUUGAAGCCGAUUUUGUUGCUCGUUGCCAAGACAUUUACUGUGGAUCGGCGUUCGUGGUCACCAAUGCGGUUGACGGAGCCACGGACCCAGUGCGACAGGAGGUGGGUGUAUACCAAGGUUGUCCACUCAGCCCCCUCCUGUUCAUCGCUGCUUUGGUGCCACUUGUUCGUCGCCUGGAGCAGCUGGACGGCGCUGGUGUUCCUCUGGCGGAAGAUGUGCGACCGUGCGUCUCCGCCUACGCAGACGACUUGAAGGUCUUCAGCGACAGUGCUGACGGCAUCCGACGGUGUCACGGCGUGGUCACCCGCUUUCUUGCGUGGACCGGGUUGCGUGCGAACCCGGCCAAGUGUGCCAGUCUGGCCGUGAAGAGGGACACACGUGGCAACGCGAUUCGUGAUGACGACGUGCGUCUCGAGGUCCAGGGUGAUGCCAUCGCCCCACUCAGCCUCCAGGAGAGCUAUACAUACCUGGGAGUGGGCGAUGGCUUUGACCACGUGCACCACCGCCUCCAGCUGGCACCCAAGAUUCAGCAAGUUAAGCGGGAGGCGGUGGCGUUGAUCCAGUCAGGGCUAGCACCGUGGCAGGUGGUGAAGGCGCUGAAGACGUAUGUCUACCCCAAGGUAGAAUAUGCGCUUCGUCACCUACGCCCGCUCCAGUCCCAACUGCAAGGCUUUGAUCGCGCUGUGUCCAAGGGCUUGCGGCACCUGCUGCGUCUUCCUCAGUCCGCCACCACCGAGUUCUUCUACACGCCGACAUCGGGUGGUGGGCUGGGCCUGCAGUCGCUGGUGGAGAUGCACCAAGCACUGCAGGUGGCGCAUGCAUGGCAGAUGUUACAUUCCAAGGACCCGGCGGUUGCAGCGGUGGCCCUGGCUCAGGUGGGACAGGUUGCUCGCAAGCGAUAUCGUUUGCAGGAGGAGCACUGGCGUGGGCGAGACGUGGAACUUGCUCGGCUGUUCCUGAAUUCCCAGCUGGCAGCCUCGCCCCACGCCGAAGUGCUCCGCCGCAAUGGUGACAUCGGGUCGCUGUGGGUGGAUGUGCAACGCAUCCUGAGCACAUUCCACCUCAGCUUCUCUGAUUGUGCGGACGCCACGAACACGGACCCCCUUGGACUUCGCGUGCCGCAUUACGGCCAGUGGCUUGACCACAAAACCGUUUUGCGACACGUGAAGCUCCACAUGAAGAUACGACACCAGACUCGGUGGAAGGGUCUGGUGGAUCAAGGCAAGACCGUUCGUGUACAUGGCGGUUUGGGGGCCAAGUUCGUGAUGACGGGUGCGGGCCUUUCUGAUGCUGAGCAUCGGUUUGGCAUCCAGGCUCGCCUCAACCAAGUCGACACGAAUUCCGUGCUCAAGCGCCGUCGCCUCCGCGCAAACCACCGGUGUCGUGCCCCUUCCUGCUCGAGUGCCGAGACGCUGGCGCACGUGUUAAAUCACUGUGCGCCCAACAUGGACGCAAUCCGCCAGCGCCAUGAUGACGCGCUCCAGCAGAUCGGGUCCAAGAUCCAGAACGCUCUCGCCCGAGCCAAGUCGUCUACAGAGCUGCGCCUGGACCACACGGUCCCCGAAUAUACCGGCGCAGCUCUUCGUCCGGACAUUGUGCUGCGAGACGCAGCUGCCAAGACGAUGGUGAUUGCCGACCUGGCGAUCACCUUUGAAGACCAAUCUGCAGGCGCCCGGCACUCUUCGCUCCAGCUCAGCCACGAUUACAAGACACUCAAGUACCAACCGAUCGUGGCAGAACUGGAGCACAAGGGGUGGCGGGUGCAGACUGCAGCCAUCGUCUACGGCUCGCUGGGCUCGGUGCAGCCCAGCAAUUUCAAGACAUACACGGAGAAGCUCAAGUUGCUCAAGACCGAUGCUCGUCAGCUGGACCUUCAGCUGUCCAGCCACUGCAUCCGUGCCAGCCACCGCAUUUGGGGCUGGCACUGCAGGCAGCACAGGGAGCGACAGCAUAGUGGAACCGCCCCGCGAGUGCCGCGUGGGUCUGGGGGGGCCUCGCGGCGCACAUCGCAGGCGUAG